AUGAAAUCCUCCUUGAUAGCCUGUCUAUUACUUAAUGUCUUAACUGUUGAAAUUACACUUAAUAAUCCAAUAACUACAUAAGCCCUAGAAAAAUUAUAAGAAUCCAAAUGGGCUUCAUUUAUUGUUCAAUUUGCUGAAGUUGAAUUAUCUACUGGAGGAGCCUUAAAUGAUUUAGUAGAUACUAUUAAUUAACUCAUAACUCAAUUAGAAGAAGAACUACAAGAUAUUCAUAAUUCCUAUUCUAGAAGAACUGAUCAACAUCUUCGUGAUGUAACUAGACUUGAAUAAGAAAUCCAAGAUGCUGCUAAGGGUAAUUAUUUUUAUAAUCUAGAUAUCUUUACUGGAUAAGAUUUCAUUGAUAAUGUUCUCAUUCCAUAAAAAGAAAGAUUUCUCUCUGCUUUAACUUAAUUGAAAAUUAAUAUUGAAGAAAAUAAAAGAAUAUUAAAUGGAGAGAUUGUAAACAGAAAGAGAUAACAUGAAUAAUUUUUGUCUAAUAUUGCUGAAUUAAAUGAUGCUAUUGGAGCUGUUGAUGAAUCACUUGGAUUAUUAUCUUAAAUAUCUAAUCCAUCUCUUAUUUAAUUUAAGAGAGUAUAGACUAACUUAAGCAGAAUUCAAACAUCCUUCUAGAAUCGUUCUUCUUUUGCUCCAAUAAUAAAAGCUUUACUUGAAUUAGCAACUGAAUAAAACUUUGCUGAUUAAGGUUCAGUAUAAUAAGUAAUUGCUAAAAAAUAUUUGAUUAUUUUUAGCUGGUCAAAAUUUUUAAUGAAUUAAGAGUAUAAUUUGUUGAUUCUCUCAAUUAAGAAACUGCAGAUGAAAGUUUAGCAGAAACUAAACAUACCGAAAGAGUUGCUUAAUUAGAAAAAGAAUUUGCAGAAUUCUAACGAUCAGUUUUAAUAAAAAAUUCAGAAUUAUCUUCAAAUGAAUGUAUUUAAUUUUGCAAGUAAUUAAUAGAAAAAUUGGGAGAAACCAUUGUUUAUGUUGGAUAACGAAAAGAUGACAAAGAAACACUUGAAGCAUAAUUAUAAGCAGAAAAUGAUAAUUAUGCUGCUGAAACUGAUUUAUAUACAAGAACUGUUACAGAAUAUAAUAAAGAAAUUGAAAUUAGUAAGCAAGCCUAUGGUUUACUCACUUAACCAAGUUUUGAAUAAUAUGUUCGAUCAACAAUUGGAAUUUGA